AUGCCUGAUAUUAUGCCAUCCUCGUCGCAUCCAACUCUUUACCAAGACGAUCUAGACCGGACUGACCAAUUGAUUCUGCGAACUGUCGCCUGUUACGCUGUGGUAUUUGCUGCUGCACGCUGCCAUCGGCUAGGCAUCCCUUGGCAACGCCCGUCCGCGAAUCGAUCAUUUUACGAGAAUUUAUUCACGUUGGCAGGGUUGGCUGACUCUACGACUGGAAGUCCAAAUCCCGUUAAGCUACACAGUUUCCGCCACUUCGCCAUGCUCAAUGCCGACCACGGCAUGGCCCUGGUAGUAUUCUCAACCUUGGUAACAGCAUCGUCUCUAACCGAUCCCAUAUCUUGCCUCAUAUCUGCGAUUACAGCUGCCUAUGGCCCGCUGCACUUUGGUGCAACAGAGUCUGCCCAAAAUGCACUGUGUGAGAUUGGAGACCCUGCAAAUGUUCCGGGCUUCCUGGAGCAAGUCAAAUCCGGGAAACGAAAACUAUUCGGAUACGGGCAUCGCGAAUACAAGAGGGUUGACCCCCGUGUAGAUCCAAUUAAGAAGAUAUUGAAAGAUCUUGCUCCGGGAUCUAACCCCCUUUUCAAAGUCGCCGAAGCCAUUGAGGCUGCCGCUACGACGGAUGAAUAUUUUGUUUCCCGUUGCCUGUUCCCGAACGCCGAUUUUUACGGCAACUUUGUGUUUACCAGCAUGUCAGUGUUCCCUCUCCCCGUUGCUGCAAGUAGAGCUGCUGAAGUUCAUAACCUCGUUUUAGUGGUUUCGAACCUGAGAUGA